CCCUCCAGAAGGGUCUGUUUUGUCAUCCUCUCUCAAUUUGAUAGUAAGAUUAGCACACAAAAGAGAGAGUGAGUGAUGCUGGUUCACCGCGAAAGAGAGAGCUUGGAGAGUGGUGGUGAUGGUGUUACUUUUGGUGAAGGUGGCAUUAUGGACAGUCUUGAAAUGCUUCCAUUGGAUUUUCCAUUGCUGAAUGAUGAUUUUAUGAGUUCUUUUAUUGCUAGAGAGAUUGAGAAUGUUAAUUGGGAAGCUCUUCUUAAUGAAGAAGCUCCUAGGCUUCGAGGUUCUGAGGCAACAAACAAAGAAGAAGGAGGCAAUUUUAAUUUUGAUUUUGAUUUUGAUGAUGAUGACGAUGAUGCCCUUUCUGAAGAAUUUUCAGUGUUCAAUUACACUGAUGAGGACGACGAUUCCCAAUCUCUUAUCCGUUGUCGCAUCUGUGAUCUUGAGCUUGAUUUUCCUACACCCCACUGCAAUUCGGAGACCUUCGAUCCAGCUAAUAUGGUUUGUCCUGUUUGUGAUGAAAAGUUGGGGGAGACUGCAGCAAGGAAAUUCAUCUCACUAAAGAAGUCGAAGUCUAGGAAAUCCAUUUUCAGCUCUGACGAAUCGUCUAUGCGUGACAAGAAACUUGCUGCCGGGGCUAACCAACAUGAACCAACACAUGGUUCAUUUUUCUCGUCAUUUGCUCAAAACCGGAGCAGUAGCCAUCGUCGUGUGGAUUCCACCAGCAAUGCCUCAGACAUUUCAUCCACAGAAAGCUCUGUGAUAGGUUCACCAGCACUAACACCAGCUAUGACUGAUGAUGAGGAGAAUGUUGAAGAGAGAAGGUUGAGAGCAUCUUUUGCUCAAAAAUUAGUACUGUCAACUAUGAUCUAAGGAAAACAUGGUGCUAUCAAGUUGCUUGCACCUUCAGAUUAACUAAGGCACUUAGUUUUACUUUGAUGCAUUAGUUUUUAGUUAGAAUAUCAAUUUAUCAAGGAAUUUUGGAAGUCAGAAAAGGGUAGAAAAAUUGAUGGUUGCCCCUUUUUUUGAGGCUGUCAUUGAACUCUAAUUAUAUAUUUGCAUUUACAUAGGACUUUGUUUUGAAUUGUUAUUUCAUAAUCAAGGUGUCAUGAUUGACCCAAUUCAUAG